AUGCCCAAUGAAGUCGAGGAAAGCAGAGACAGCGAGGUAGUCGACGACACUGGUAAGAAAAAAUGGGUGACUUGUUCAAUCCUGCUUCUUGUAAAUCUGCUGAAUUACAUCGAUCGCUACACGAUUGUCGGAAUUAUGGGACACCUAACCCCAUUUUUUGAUAUGAAUGAUAAGCAAAAGGGGCUUUUGCAGACGGUUUUCAUCGUUUUCUACAUGCUGUUCGCCCCAUUAUUCGGAUAUUUGGGUGAUCGAUACAAUCGGAAAAUGUUGAUGAUGACUGGGCUUUCUAUAUGGAUCGCCGCGGUUUUUGCAUCGUCUUUUUGUUCAGAAGGGCACUACACACUGUUCCUAAUUCUCCGCGGAGUCGUUGGCAUCGGAGAAGCCUCUUACUCCACCAUCGCCCCCACUGUGCUAUCCGAUUUAUUCUCCGGAGCCCAGCGAAGUCGGGUGCUGAUGGUUUUCUAUUUUGCAAUUCCAGUUGGCAGUGGUCUUGGAUUCAUUGCCGGUUCAGGAAUGGCUACACUCACUGGCUCCUGGCAAUGGGGAGUUCGAUUUUCGCCGAUUGUAGGACUGAUUUGCAUGGGUUUAAUGAUAUUUCUGCUCGAGGAGCCUGUGAGAGGAUCGUGUGAUGGGGCGAGACAAACCGGAGAUAACGCUAGUUGGUGGGAUGAUGUUAAGUACUUGGUUUCUAUAAAAACCUUCUGCCUUGCCACAGUUGCCUCUGUCGCAUCGCUGUUCUCGAUUGGAGCAAUGAGUUGGUGGACACCAGAAUUCAUUGAGUCCUCAUGGGCGGUCAUCAACAAAAAACCAUCGGUUCCAGAGGAGCAAACCACUUACAUUGCCAUGAUUUUCGGAUUAAUCACCUGCGCCGCUGGUAUCCUUGGUGUUGCUACUGGAUCGAUUCUCUCCCGGGCUUGGCGAGACGGAAAGUCGAUUUUCCGAAAUAAGGCAUCUGAAAAAGCAGAUGUUUACGUCUGCGCUAUCUCUGUCUUCGUUGCUCUUCCAUUCCUCUUCCUGGCCAUUUCCCUUGCUCAUCACUCAAUGAACAUCUCGCUCAUUCUUAUAUUCUUCGGAAUCACAUCGAUGUGUUUGAAUUGGGCAGUCAACGUGGAUAUUCUGAUGUAUGUUGUUGUUGCGAAUAGAAGGGCUACUGCAUUAGCUGUACAGACUAUGCUAGCACAUAUGUUUGGAGACGCCUCAAGCCCAUAUGUUGUUGGAGUGCUAUCCGAUUGGUUCAAAGGAGAUGAUAUGUCGAUUUAUGCAAAGUUCUUUGCUAUGCAAAAGUCUCUCUAUCUUCCCGCUUUCGUUUUGGUUAUUGGAGGAGCCUUCUAUCUAGCAGCCACAUUCUUUGUUGAAGAGGAUCGGAAAGAAGCGCUGUUCCAAAUGGAUGCUCCUGACAACUGGGAGCAUCACAAUGAUUCAGAUGAUAUGGACUCUCUGAUUCAGUCUGGGCAGGUUGUGGGACGAGAAGAAGGGCCGGCGGCUGUGAUCCAUUCCACUAUGACACCAUCACCGGAGAUUGACUCCAAUGACAUUGAAAAAUUAGCAUCUGACGACGACGACGAAAAUAACGACGUUUCUUCCAUUCGAUUCGUUCGAAAUGAGGGUAGCGCCGAGAAUCCAGACAUCGACGCCUACCUUUCAGAUGAAACUGACGAAUGGGACGUCGAGAAGAAGGUGUCGGGUGAAGAAGAGAUUAUUUGA